AGCAUACCGUUGCCGUCUUGACAUCACUGUGAUGCUGAAGUGCUUAAUGUCAAGCAGCCUAUAGCAUAGCCUACACAACAUAGGCCGGAAUGCACCGGUGUGCGUUAUCUCUAUCCCUCAAACGCGAGGAGCUCAAGUAUGCUCAUGGAUUACACUGAGAGGGUACCUCUUCCUUUUCAAGGAAGUAAAAUGCAGAUAUUGGCGGAACAGUAGGCUAACCUAUAUGAUGCGGUCGGGCGCAGGGUUCCGCAAUAGUGUGGGCGGGCGCUUCAUGCAGCAAGGAUAAAAGCGCUUCAGUUAGCUACGCAGCAAGGGUUAGGCCUACAAUCCUAGGAACAGUGUUGACUAUGUUAUGUCUGACUGGAUGCUUACCUUCACCGCGGUUGACUAUCGCAUUUUUGUCUGUUUUCCCAUACUUUGUGGAUGAGGACUUAGGAUAUGCGCAAGCGGGAUGAAGAAACAAAACCUUUUUUCAACCCGAAGUAAAAUAAAAUAGGGAUUUUCAAAUACUGGAAUUACUUCUCCCAUUCCCUAUGAAGAAGUCAAAACUACCAACCUCCAUUCCCAACAACAAGAGCCAUUGACAACCACUACCUGUUGCCGAGUCAGACCGUGACAGGUUCGCAGCGCCUACAAUUUGUCUCCGAGUGAACCCUGGUAGGCUACGGCUGAAGGCUACCGCAGCUCUGAUUUCCCGACAGCUGAUGUCCAUUCUCCUGGCGCUACAAGUAACCAUUCGUCUGGCACUAGAUGAUCCAACGCUCACCAUUCCUCCAAGCAAAGGGAAGUGCUCGUUUCAAGGUCCCCUCUUCUAGAAGGAAUGAGCGCCAACAAUCGCGGAUUUGGAUGCACACCUGUUUCCAUUUAUUGUUGUUCAUUGCUGUUGUUGCCCAUUCAAGUGAAAUUGGAAACCCUAUAACUGAUGAUAUUAAAAAAAUAUCUAUAUUGAAGCAAAACAUACCUAAAGAUUACAAGAUCACUGUAAAAUAUAUUCCAAUGGAAGAGAGUGGUUUGUGCUGGGUGAGACUAAAUGUAUUUCACUUGGAAGAAAGUUUAAAAGUCUUGGCCCGCAAAUUUGGAAAUAUUUCUUCAAACAGAGACCAUAUAAACACAUUUAUACAGAUCCUACGAGAGAUGCGGUAUCACAUUGGCAAUGUCUUGGAUGAUACAAUGCUGGAAUUUCAGUGCCACUACAGGGAAGAAAAGUGGCCGACAGGGGAUUAUUUUGAUUUUGUUGAAUAUUUCUUUAAAAUGGCAAAUUCUUCCAGAGAAGAUGAAGAUUGUGAAUCCCCACCCUGCCCAACAUUAGAAGGUACCACAACAACUUCAUAUACCACAAAAGCAGGAUCUGUUAGUCCACCUUCUGCAGGAACAGGUCAACUAAAAGAUAAAGAAAAGAUUCCAUGGGUCCUUCCAGAAAACAUAGAAAAAAGCCUUCUGUCACUUCUACUCAUUCCAGUCAUUGCCAUUUUGCUUCUAUUUGCAUGGAAGAUCAAAUCUAGAAGACAUGUUGCACUGACAGACAAAAAAGCAUCAUCACAUGAUGUCACCAAAGGAGUGGAUGGCAGCUCACCCCAAUUAGAAACUGAAGCCCUUGAGGAAAAAAAAUGUUUGAACGUCAUUGAAAUUACUGAGGAGGUAUAAUUCAGUCACAGAAUCUUGGUAUAUAUGAUCAUUGUCCAAAGGCAGAUUGGGAGAGCAGUUGAUGGUUACAUUUUUAAGAAUGUCAUUCUGGACUCAUUUCUGAUCCUAUAAAUACUGCUGCUACAACACUGCAGGAGCAUGUGUGUGCACUGCAAGCUGACAUGACACAAUUAUCUACAGAUUUGAUCUUGACAUAUUCACUAAGCAGCCAAGUUUUUUCCCCUGACUGGAUGAUGUCAUUUUUUUCUCUUGGAGGAAUCUAUGUAGUCACCUGAAAGAUACUGAGAGAGUUAUGGUUAAAAGCAAAGAUGCUCAUUAUGUAAGCAUUCAUUUGGAAGACCUCAGAAGAAAAUACUCUGGAAGGGCUACAAUCAUUUUUUUCUUUAAGGAGUAAGUAUAAAUGACUACCUCCACAUGCACUGGUCUUAAUCGCCAUCUUUAAUGUAAUACCUUAUUUUAAACUGGGUUAUGCAUGGAUAACAAUGGAAUAUUGCUAUGAAAUAUUGAAAUAUUUCAUCUGUUCUGUUUAUCAUGUUGAAUCACUAAGCAAGCAAUGUGGAUUUUAUUUAUUUGUUUGUCUAGACAAUUUGCUGGUUAUAUGUGCAUUUUUAAUGGCAGUAUGUGGUAUUUGUAGUAGUAAAACUGCAAACUUGUGCCAUGAACUUUUUGAUAUAUUUAAUCAAAAUCUACAUCCAUGUUCUCCUUGUGUUUCUCUAAAUUACAUGUACAUUCUUCACUAUGGUCCACGGUGGUGAUUUUAUGAAAGAAAAAAAAAAUACACAAAAGGACUUUCUUGAUUGAAAAAUAGAUGUGAGUGAAAUCACUGUGUGCAGUGUGUGCACUGUGUGCAGUAUAGUGUGAUGAAAUAAAGAUGCAUUCCUAUUUACUAUGUAAAAUUAACUGAUAUAAAUGAACAAUGUGGAUGUGGGAAUAUCAAGCAAGAAUGAUUAAAGUCAUUACAAUGCUAUGACACUUUACAAUAAAUUGUAUGUAUGUCUCAUUUACAUAUAUA